CUCCAUUUCCACCCUCUAAUUACCAAAAACCCUGUCACUCUGCCGAAGCAACAAUGCUUUCCACUCUCCCUUCUUCCGAUCCUCUUCUUCCAAAUCCGUUCUCAGCCGCCGGCUAUGCCAACGGUUGUUUCAGCCUUUGGGACUGCCCGGACCUUUUUACCUGCUCUAAACCAACCAAUAGUCCUAAGCCCGUUACUUCGAGUUCCGGUUCUGAUGACCCAAACCAACCCAACGACGAACCGGACCGGUCCCUUGACGAAAAAGCGGCCAGACCGUACCGUGACAUGGUUAUUGACGAACGGAAGCGCCGGCGCAUGUUAUCGAACCGGGAAUCAGCCCGGAGGUCGCGGAUGCGCAAGCAGAGGCACCUAGAGAACCUACGGAACCAGUUGAACAAGUGUCGGGUCGAAAACCGGGAACUUAACAACCGGUUGCAGUUCAUCGUUCAUCACUUGAACCGGAUCCGAACCGAAAACCAGUGGCUCCGGUCGGAAAGAACCGUGUUGUGGCAAAAACUGUCCGACUUUACUCAAAUCUUGGUUUUCCAAGAAUUGCAUCCUUUGGAUCAUAUUUCUAACAUCCCCUGCAUGGUGGCCAUGCAAUAGUAACCGUCACCACACAAUAAAUUAAGGAUGUCAGAAACAGGUUAAAUUAAUUAUAAAACGGUCAAGCAGGUUAAACAAUCUAAUAAAGACAAGAACAUAUGUUUAAUUAAGGUUGUUUUAUGUAAAUUAUUAUAAAAAAAAUAGAUAAAUAUGAUGAUAAGGGGGUGUGCGUUUUCAUCCCGGUACUAUUUUUGGUAAAAUAGGGACGGUUUUGAAAGGAGCAUAUAUUAUUUUUGCUUUUUCAAAACCCGAAGGGUUAUAUAUUUUUAAACUCUGGGAGUAUAAAUAAUUAUGUGUAAAAUAUUAAACCGUUCUUUUUCUUCUGCUUUUUCUUCGUUUUUUUAGUUUCUUCUAGACUUCUAGUAAUAUGAUGAUGAGUGUGUGUC